CCAGGCGACCGCCGAGCCCGACUCCCGGCAGAGGCCUCCGGCCCGAGCCCCAGGCCAGCCCCCCCCCCCCCCGCGGGCUGGCGGCCGCCUCCCCCGGUGCGGGAUGAACGCCGCCGCGGCCGCCGCGGGGCCCCAUGGAGGAGCAGCCGCCGCCGGUCCGCCCGCCCGCGGGGAUGGCCUUGUCGGGCAGCCCACGCCCCGGUGUCCCCUCCGCGGUCGGCGCACCUGGCGGGACUUCCUCCGCCGCGACGGCUGCCGCCGUGCUCUCCUUGAGCACCGCGGCCACCGCGGCCACCGCGGCGCUGGGGAACCAGAGCGAUGGGGGCGGGGGCGACAGCACGGGCGCCUGGGCGGGCGGCGGGGGCGGCGGGGGCGGCGGGCCCCGGGCGGCGGGGAGGCCCCCGCCGGGCCCCGAGGCGGCGGCGCCGCUGCUGUCGCACGGGGCGGCGGUGGCGGCGCAGGCGCUCGUGCUCCUGCUCAUCUUCCUGCUGUCUAGCCUGGGCAACUGCGCGGUGAUGGGGGUGAUCGUGAAGCACCGGCAGCUCCGCACCGUCACCAACGCCUUCAUCCUCUCCCUGUCCCUGUCGGACCUGCUCACGGCGCUGCUCUGCCUGCCCGCCGCCUUCCUGGACCUUUUCACGCCGCCGGGGGGCUCGGCCCCCGCCCCCGCCGCCGCCGCCGCCGCCGCCGCCGCGGGGCCCUGGCGCGGCUUCUGCGCCGCCAGCCGCUUCUUCAGCUCGUGCUUCGGCAUCGUGUCCACGCUCAGCGUGGCGCUCGUCUCCCUGGACCGCUACUGCGCCAUCGUGCGGCCGCCGCGGGAGAAGCUCGGUCGCCGCCGCGCGCUGCUGCUGCUGGCGGGCGCCUGGCUGGCGGCCCUGGGCUUCUCCCUGCCCUGGGAGCUGCUCCGCGCGCCCCGCGCGCCCCCCGCGCCCCCCGCGGCGCAGAGCUUCCACGGCUGCCUGUACCGGACGUCCCCGGACCCCGCGCAGCUGGGCGCGGCCUACAGCGUGGGGCUGGUGGUGGCCUGCUACCUGCUGCCCUUCCUGCUCAUGGGCUUCUGCCACCACCACAUCUGCAAGGCGGUGCGCCUGUCGGACGUGCGCGUGCGGCCCCUGACCACGUACGCGCGCGAGCUGCGCUUCUUCAGCGAGGUGCGCACGGCCACCACCGUGCUCGUCUUGAUCGUCUUGGUGGUCGGCUGCUGGGGGCCCCACUGCUGCCUGGUGCUGCUGGCCGCGGCCCGCCAGGCCCCGGCGGCGCAGGCCCCCUCGGCCCUCAACGUGGCGGCCGUCUGGCUGACCUGGGCCAACGGGGCCAUCAACCCUGUCAUCUAUGCCGUUCGCAACCCCAACAUUUCCGUGCUCCUGGGACGCAGCCGGGAAGAGGGCUACCGGACUAGGACCGUGGACGCCUUCCUGCCCAGCCAGGGCCCAGCCCUGCGGGCCAGGAGCCGGAAUCGCCUUGGAAACCGCUGUGCCAGCCGGCUGCGAGCUCGCAGCGGCAGGUCAUCUUCCAGCCCUGCCAGCGGGAUGGGGGGGGACGUGGCCAUGUGGGCGCGAAAGGACCCCGUCGUGCUUUUUUGCAGGGAGGGCCCCCCGGGGCCUGUGACUGCAGCGGUCCAGCAGCCGAAGCCUGAAGGCGGGGAUGCCCGCCUCUAAGAAGGCUCGGGAUGCAUAGCUGGUGAAGGCACAUUUUCCACCUGCUGCGUUUAACGAUGCAGGAUUCCGGGGGAGAAUCGUGUAUUUCAUGAAGGCAAACAUUAAAAAAAAAAAGAAAGAGAGAGAGACCAAGGGGGAGGCUUACCACUUCCCCCAAACAACAUAGGAGACAAUGUGCCCUUCUUCAAAAGUGCCAAAUGUAAAAUGCAAACAUUAAAACAAUAUCAAACCACACAACCAAGCAUUGUGAACUGUAAGUGCCAAAAACGACAAAAAUAGAAUUCACGAUUACCGCUAAGCUCAUAUUACAGGCAUCACACUGUGAAAUGAACAAACAAAAAUCAUUGAAUGCCACCAGGAUUUGUCUAAAUGCAGAGUUUCAGGAAGGAAUGGAGAUCUUCAGGAUUACUUGAAGGGCCCUCUAAAUCACCAGCAUUCAACAAAACUUGAGAUUUUAGAACUUGCACCUUUGAGACAUGCUUUGGCUGCUUAGGUUAGGAACGAAAAAUUCUUAUCUUUACACACUCUGGUGUACUUCCCUCCCAUCCCAUGUCCCUGUGAUUUUUGUGGGAAAUUUUAUACUCAUAUCCCAUUUUAAACCAUUUUAGAAUUUUGAAAUUGUGUCUUGUUGCCAUAAAAUCGACCAUCUGAAGGGCAAGUAGAAGUAUGAACAUAAAGAAAUGUGGCUGUUGAAAACUGUAUACCAAAAUUAUACCUUACCCUUACUCUCACUUGCUACUUUUGUCUCUAAUCACUCUGAGAUGCCGUUCUCAGAGUACUUUCACAUUAAAAAGAAAUAACUUGCAUAGUACAAAAUCUUUGCCUUUUGAGGUAAAUUUGAUUUUUGCAUCCAAAAAUUUAAUUUGAAGUCACAUUGAUUGAAUCAGGUGAGUAAUGCCACUUUUAUGUAUAUAAAAAAUGAGAGCUCUGUAAAGUAACAAGAUUGGUUUUCCUCUGUGGCUUACCAACCCAAGAUGAUUACAGAAAACUCUAGAGCUAUUCUGAGAAGUGGUUGUAUUCUUAGAAUAAGCAUAGUGCUUUCCAUGGGCAUUAUACCCUCCUACAUGUGGAAAUUUGGGUAUAUUUGUAAUAAAAAAAUGAAUACUUGCUUUUAUAGACAUGAUUUGUCUAAAAUAAUGUGGUUGUUAUUAGAAAGGGAGAAUAGAUGUAGUAUUAUUACAUGUAAUAGGGUGUUAAUAAUUUGGGUAUGAAGUCAGAAAGAAACUUCAAGCUGGAAAUGUUUUCAGAAAUGUGCAAAACAAAGAUGCUUUUUAAAAUUCAAAGGCACAGUUCAGGAUUUGUGUGUGUGAGAUUUCUCACAGUAAAUGCCAUUAUUCACAGAAUCAUUUACUCAGAAUUUUAAAAGCUAUUUUUGUUUUCUCCCUCUUUCCUUUCCUCCACUGUGCCUCUCUUCUCUUCAGCAUUUCACAGCCUUACUUGAAUAAGUACUUUAAACUAGAUAUGGAAUGACAUCAGCUAUCUCAUAAUGAUUUCAAUGUGAAAUAGCCACGUUUUUUUUCCUUGUAUUUAAAUAUUUUGAUGAGUAUUUAAACUUUGGUGUAAUAAAUGGGUGUAUGUCAUUAUUUUGUAAUCAAGGAUGGAAAUACAUGAUUCAUGUCAGAGCUAAAGAUAUUUAAUUUUUUCUCAUGCUCAAACAUAAGUUUAUAAAUUAUCUGUAUAUAUCUUGCCACACUCAAUAUAGACAAAGUAGAUGAGAUCAUCUCUCCUCUUUAGCACUCAUUAUAUAUAUACAGACUUAAUGCAGCUGAACUAACAUUUAACAAAUAUCUAUAGUAUUUGCCUAUUAAAGCAAAACAAUUGUGUAUUUUUUGGCCUUCUGAGAAAAUGGAAGUCAUGUCUGGCAUUUAGGAAGAAAUGAUAAAGUCUUCCAGUUAGGAAAGCUAUCAGAGAAUAGGAAUUCAGCGACAAUGAGUAAAGUUAGGGAUCGUAGGGGAAGGAGGCAAAUGUGGUGCAAAAUGGGAUAUUGCCUCAAAAGAAAAAUCAAAGGAAGAUAUUUUAAAAAUAAACAUGGCAUGGAAUAAAUAAACUUUCUUGGUGAGUGAAGGAAAAAUCUGAGAGAUUGCAAGUGACAAGGUGGUGGCAUGAGAGACGUUAAGGCAGGAAAGGAAGCCCAUCCUAACUCUUGGUAGGUAGUGGUAGGAAGUUUUAAGAAAGGGAUGGCUUGAGGAAGAGACCAUUCUGCCAGGAGCUGUAAGCGUCAUGGUUGGCAAAAAUGAAAGGGGAAAGAGAGAACAGUGCCAAUAAGGUACUAAAAGAAAUUACAGUGUUGUUUGCUUGUUUGUUUAUUUGAAGCCAUACAACUAGUCAGUGAUAGAACUAGGCCACAGUCUGUCCAGACUUGGGAGCCCUGUAUUCUCUUCUCUGCCCUCUGUUACUCCCACAAAGGUCAGUGGAUAGGGAAACUAAGGAUGAGAACUUGGGGUACUAUUAUCUUCAGCAGCAGCAACAUCAUCACCUUUAUUACCAUAACCAUCAUCACCAGCACCACCAUCGUCUUCCUCUCCACCACCAUCACCAUCUACAAUUUUGAUUUCCUAUUUUAUAUCAGGCAACUUCCCUGGGUGCUAAGGCUACUUGGAGGUAGAAAUCACAGAACCUGCUUUAACCGUCUAACUGGGGACCUUGUGCUUUGUAGCAUUGGCCCUAAUCAAGGACUCUACCUGCAGAGAAGAAAAGGUGUAGCAUUUUCAGAGAUGGUUCUCAAGGGAGACAGAUUUAGAAGUGAAAGAUAGGUCAAAGCCAGCAGCCAAUUUGGUCCCUUUGUAAAUACUUAGAGAUAGAAAUUAAUGC